UUUCUCCAUUUGGUAACAUAUUUCUUCCUCCAAUAUUUUAUUCACCUACAUACCGUCACCUUUCGUCCUCCGCCUUCUCUCUCUCUGUGGAUAUCCAGGAAAUGGCGAUCAACGAGGGGUCUACGGAGGACAUGAAUACGAAUGGAGAUUCAUUUCAGACGGUGAAGCAGAGGUUAAAGGAUCGAACCAAGAAAGUAGUUCAAACGAAGGAGAUGUUGUCGAAACAGGCCGUACAGACUAAGGAGAUCCUGUCCAAGCAGGCAAUUAAGAUCGCUAAACAAGCCGAAGAGCAUGAAAGAUUUAUCAAUAAGGAUUUUUGCUAUUAUGCCAACACAAUUUUCCUGGUUGACUUUCUUCUAUAUCCAAAGAAUGAAAAACUUUUCAUGGUUUGCUUUUCAUUUGCUGAGGGGCCACUAGCAUGGGCAAUAAUUGUUUGGCGUUGUAGCUUGGUUUUCAGUUCUGCUGAUAAAAUUGUUAGCGUCCUAAUACAUCUUUUACCUGGACUUGUAUUUUUCACUAUUAGAUGGUGGAAUCCAGCAACGUUUGCAGCUAUGCAUCCUGAAGGCACUGCUCGCAGAGUUUCAUGGCCUUAUGUAGAAGACAAAUCAUACCUGUUGCAAUGGCUGUUUCUGGUACCCUUAGUUGCAUACACUCUCUGGCAAGUUCUUUAUUUUCUCAUUGUCAAUGUUCUUCGUCGCCAGAGAUUGUUAAGAGAUCCUGAGGUGAUGACUUCUUAUAGGGAGCUUUCUAAGAAAGCGCAGAAAGCAAACAACAUCUGGUGGCGAUUAAGUGGUUUGCUUGGGGAUCAGAAUCGCCUGUUAAUGUACAUUUUGUUCCAAGGAAUCUUUACUGUUGCAACCAUGGCACUAACCGUCCCCAUUUUCUUGUCAUAUGAAUUGCAUGCUAUUUUCCAAAUACUCAAUGUUUCUGCUGCUGUAUGGAAUGGAGGAAGCUUUCUGCUAGAUGUCAUGCCUAGCAAGUGAUUCUCAAAGAAA